GUUUAAAUUAAAUUAAACCUUGGUGAACUUUUGCUGUGUGCGAUUUUAUUUCUACAAGUGCAAGAAUUCAUACAAAUUAAUUCUGUGGCAUUCGAGUCGACAUAAUGGUGAUUGUGCAAUCAAAUAUCGUUACGUCCAACAGCCGGAUCGGUCUCGAGUGGGACAUUAAUGAUCCCAAUGUGCCUCCGGUCUGCGAUGCCGACUUGAAUGAUUUUAACGAGUGGAGUGACGGUCAUUGUCGCUAUAUCUAUCGCUUAAUGGACGAACAGGCCAAACGACACACGUCCGGAUGGGCAAUGCGAAACACCAACAAUCACAAUGUUAGCAUCCUGAAGAAAAGCUGCCUGGGUGUAUUGGUUUGUUCGGCAAGAUGUGUCUUGCCAAAUGGAGAUAAAAUCACCCUGCGUCCUGCCAUAUGCGACAAGGCCAGACGGAAGCAACAGGGAAAAGCAUGUCCCAAUAGAUUAUGCAUUGGGGGCGUUUUGGAAAUCCAGCCUUGCCGAGGUCAUUGUGGAUAUCCUGUGACACAUUUUUGGCGCCACACGGCAAACGCAAUCUUCUUCCAAGGCAAAGGUGUGCACGAUCAUCCUCGGCCGGAAUCGAAGUCGUCUGGCGAAACGCGUAAAAUUCUGGGAAUCGGUCGACGUGAACGUGUUCUCAAAGCAAUCCAAUCAAAAGUUACUAAGAUUACCAACGUCAAACAAACCAAAAAAGUCACCAAACAACUGCUGGAAUCGGGCAAAAUACUACCCGCGCCGAACCAGCUUACCCGUGUAAAUCCGGAAAACAGUUACAGCAUAACUUUUCCAGGCAACUACAAAUCGAACUCCCAUUGCAACUAUGGGACAGUCACAGUACCCACCAAUCAACCAACUCAAAUUCCUCAAACCAUUCAAGAUUACAACCAAUCAUACUACUACGACAACUCGAGCUUUAUCCAUCCGGAGGAAAUAUUCCAACUGGAUCAACCCAUUCGGCCAACCAACAAAUACCCGAGCAACUCAAACACCAGCAUUCACACGCUCGGAAGCUCCCCACCUACGGUUCUCGACAUGGAAAGUGGUAACAUCUACAAGAACACUCUGGCCAACUCAGAAUAUGGCUGCCGAUACUUUGACUGUGUCAAGUACGAAACAAAUAGCACCGACACAGAUACUGCUAGUCUGACCAGUGGUUCCAGCGUGUUUGACGACUUCUCCUACUACUCCAGUCCUCAAAUCGAUUAUCACGGUGUCAAUACGAAUAACAACAACGCCACACUCCCCGACAUGAACAAAAUCAACCUGCGCCUCUGCGACGACAUCAAUUCGUUCUUUAUUGGCCAAUCGAGUUGCGUGUCGCAAAGCAAACUCACUGAUAGCAUAACUGACGGGUCGGCGGCAGCCAAUCAGCUGGUGGAGAACUUUUGCUACGAAAAUUACAGCAAUUCCGCAUCACCAAACGCGACGGCAAUGAUGCUGCCGUACGGUGGUUACAGUGAAGCUUCCAGUGGGGAUGCUCUCGUCCCCAAUGCUGCCGCAGAACAGACGACGAUCGCUGCCGAUAGCUGGUGGAAUGGUUCCACUGCUAGUGGCAAUAGUAGCAAUUACGCAUCAAUGGCGGUGUCGGCGACGGCGGGCUGGAAUCAUCUCGAUACCGUCGCUAAUGGUAGCAGCCAUCCGCAGCAGCAGUACUAUCUGAUGGAACAGGCAGAUUAUCUGAGUUAAGUGUGAAAUAGAGGUAAUAUGUGUUGAUUAACAAUGGACAAAUUGUCGUUGAAAGGCAUUAAAGAACGACCUUUUUGCUGUUGAAAUGUUGAGUUUGUUGAUGAAAGGGAGUAAGUAGACGAAAGCGCUCACAUGCAGCUAAUCAAAAACCAUUGCAUCGGAUCGGAUGAAUUAAGUUUUAACAUGUGUACCAGUGUAGUAAGACUUAAGUUUUAUUUUGAAACAAUAUUUAGAUAUUAUUUGUCUGCCCAGUACUGAUUAUAACUGUCUUAAUAGAAGAAGUGAAAAUGUUUCCAAAUGUAAUAAGAGGUUACAAAAAUAAUGUUUUGUUGAAACAAUUCUAGUCAUAUGUAUUUUUAAUAGUGAAUAAAGAUGUCAGAAAUUAUUUGAAA